UUCCUUUUGGAACAAGGCUGUUGCUUAUUACCUUUUUGCAAAUGCCUGGGUGAGAAGCUGCGGUUGGGCAGAGUGCCCCCAGCUUCUGCUGCCUCCUUGACUCGUUCUUGGCGCUCUUGUUGCACAGUGAAGGCAGGGAGAAAAAUAACUCGUCAACCUGUGGUGCCGACUGACCUACCCACCUGCAGGCGUGGGUCAGUUGGCGCAGCCCCCUGCUCAGGACUGCUGUCACCACAUCCUUACGCUGGCAAGAACAGCACUGCUAUUUCUCUGCCUAUGAACAGUUAAGUGCUUCUUCUGCAUGACCAUAACCAAAGGGUGACCCAUCCACUCCCUUAUGUCCUAUGGGGACCUCAGAACCAAUUUCUCAGUCUUCAUCUCCUCCUCCUCCUCUUACCACUGCUGCUGACGCCCUGGGUGCUGCUCCCAGGUUUGAAACGUUGUUGACAGGCUGAAGAAAGGAUUUGCAAAGACCUCCUCACUGUGUAAGGAGAGUGAUGGCUGGAAUUAGUUUCAACGCCCCAAACAAUGGUAUUAAACAAUAAUAAGAUUGCUAGGCCAAAGCAUUACCAGGAACAAAUUAUGAGGAAAGAGACUAUUUGCAUUUGGUUGCAAUGAUGAACUAAAAUCAUUUAUGGAGAGCAGGUACCCUUUGUUUUGCAUGUUUUUGUCUUCACGAAUGUAGUCACGAAUCUGAUCAGAUCAGUGGUAGAUAUGGGAAAUAAAUGAAAAUAAAAGGGCCUAGUGGAUGAAAGAAUAAAGCCUCUGCUGUUCCUUGGUCUAGUUUGAGAGUUUCAUCUUUUCUUAUUAGCAAAACAAUAGGUGUUGUUUUUUUGUUGUUUUUUUUUCCCCCCCAAAACGUUUUAGACAGUAAGAAAAUGCAAAUCUGUGGCUUCCCAAAAGAUAGAUUCAGUGUUGCAAUUAUGUUGCCCCGCUCUGUGUCCAGUGCACUGUCCUCCAAUGCAAAUAGCUUUAAACUUUCUAUAGUGAAAGUCAAGGUUGCACCGUAAAUAAAACAAAAGCUUUUGCUCUAAACAACAAAAAAAGCUAUUGCAAAAUGGAGGUUGCAAUGGUGAGUGCAGAUAGCUCUGGGUGCAACAGCCAUAUGCCCUAUGGAUACGCGGUCCAAGCCCGGGCCCGAGAGAGAGAGCGGCUGGCACAAUCAAGAGCCGCAGCAGCUGCAGCCGUAGCAGCAGCAACUGCAGCAGUAGAAGGGGGGGCAACAGGUGGAGGUGGACCGUAUCACCACUAUCACCAGGAACAGAGUCGAGGUGCUUCUUCCUCACACGGCGGGAAUGCAUCACGCAGCAGCCUGCCCAACCGCCACAGUGGUAAGAGAUGGAAGAAAGGGAAAAAGAGGAGCCACCACUUGGGAAGCAGGGAGUGUGGAGCAUCCUUCCCCUGUUCUGAGCUGCUUCCUCUCAGUGGUUCUGAAGAGAGAAUACUUAAGGACGUGAGUGAGGAGGAAGAGGAGGAUGAAGAUGAGGAUGAAGACGAUGAGGAAGAAGGAAAACUCUACUACAGUGCCGACUAUGGGGAGGAUGAGUUUUCAUACUCAGACCAGCCACCUGAUGAUGGUGGAGGCCCUGGGGGUUACAGCUCUGUUCGCUACAGUGAGUACGAGUGUUGUGAGCGUGUGGUGAUCAAUGUGUCAGGACUGCGGUUUGAGACACAACUGAAGACGUUGGCUCAGUUCCCGGAGACGUUGUUGGGUGAUCCAGCGAAGCGAGGCAGAUACUUUGACCCUCUCAGAAACGAAUACUUCUUUGAUAGGAACCGGCCCAGCUUUGAUGCCAUACUGUACUACUACCAGAGUGGUGGUCGGCUGAAGAGGCCAGUCAAUGUACCCUUUGACAUCUUCAGUGAGGAGGUGAAAUUCUACCAACUCGGGGAGGAAGCCAUGCUCAAGUUUAGGGAAGAUGAAGGGUUUGUCAAAGAGGAAGAGGACAAAGUUUUGCCAGAGAAUGAGUUCAAGAGGCAGGUCUGGCUAUUGUUCGAGUACCCAGAGAGCUCCAGUCCAGCCAGAGGCAUUGCCAUUGUCUCCGUCUUAGUCAUCUUGAUCUCCAUCGUCAUCUUUUGUCUGGAGACUUUGCCGGAGUUCAGAGAUGACAAAGAAUUCAUAAUGUCCCUGAGCUCAGGGAAGGGUCUUUCCAAUGAGUCGCUUCACUUGGACGCUGGGGAGCACACCAUCUUCAAUGACCCUUUUUUCAUUGUAGAGACAGUAUGCAUUAUUUGGUUCUCCUUUGAGUUUACAGUGCGCUGCUUUGCAUGUCCGAGCAAAGCACACUUCCUCAAGAACAUCAUGAACAUCAUAGACAUUGUCUCCAUCUUGCCUUAUUUCAUUACUCUGGGCACUGACUUGGCGCAGGAGCAGGGCAGUAAUGGUCAACAGGCCAUGUCUUUUGCCAUCCUGAGGAUCAUCCGUCUGGUCAGAGUGUUUCGCAUCUUCAAGCUUUCCAGGCACUCCAAGGGUUUGCAGAUCCUGGGUCACACACUCAGAGCAAGCAUGAGGGAACUGGGCCUCCUCAUUUUUUUCCUUUUUAUUGGAGUAAUUUUGUUUUCCAGUGCUGUUUACUUCGCGGAAGCUGAUGAGCCUGCCACCCAUUUUCAGAGCAUCCCAGAUGCUUUUUGGUGGGCUGUGGUGACCAUGACUACAGUUGGUUAUGGGGACAUGAAACCCAUAACUGUGGGUGGGAAAAUAGUUGGGUCCCUGUGUGCCAUUGCAGGAGUGUUAACCAUUGCUUUACCAGUGCCAGUGAUUGUCUCCAAUUUUAACUAUUUCUACCACAGAGAGACUGAGAAUGAAGAACAAACGCAGCUGAUGCAAAAUGCAGUCAGUUGCCCUUACCUCCCAACAAAUUUACUGAAGAAAUUUAGAAGCUCAUCAUCUUCAUCCACAGAGGAUAAAUCGGAGUAUUUGGAGAUGGAAGAAGGAGUUAAAGAAUCUCUUUGUGUAAAGGAGAAAAAAAGUCAGGACACGGGGAAUAGCAGUGAGUCAGAGAAGAAAAACUGUGUAAAUUCAAAUUCUGUGGAAACCGAUGUGUAAUUUCCAAAUAUAUUUAUUUUAUGUUUCCAAAUAUAUUUAUGCAUUAAAGAGUGCAGUGGAAAUAAUGAAAUAUGCAAAUGAGUCCGCAGCAUACAGUAGUAUGCCAUUUAAUGGUUAAAUACAAAUAAAAAAAAACAUUGUUAAACUUGUAUAACAUAUCAAGUAAGUGAUAGAACUUGAGGAAGGGGUUGCUAGAUCUGAUAUAAUUUCAGACUGUAUUUUUUU